AUGACGAUCGAAAAUCUUCUCUUAGCUAUGGUCAAUGAACGUCGAAAGACUAAAACUGACGAAGAUGAUGAUUAUGUACAUAUUCAACAAUUGGACUCUCAAUGGCCAAGAUUAUUUCAAUUAUACUUUCUAUCACCAACGACUCGUCUCUCGCAAACAACAACUAACACAACAAGUGAUGAUGAUCUGGUUUUCUAUGUUACACGUCAAGUAGACAAUGAUUUUCACCAUCCAUUACAUCUGGUGGAAGUGUUUCGUCAUCAUGAUACUAAACGACAACCGAGAUUAGGUACACCGGAAUACGAUUGGGAAGAAACAACGAAUCUGAAUCUUGUUCUUCAUCAAUUCGAAUAUACGGUCACAACAGCGGUUUGCACAAAAACAAGUAAUAAACAUCUUCAAAUUCUCAAACGGUUAUCAACCAAAGUUUAUGCGAGUCCGUCACGUCGUGAUAUGGAAAGCAAAGGAACGGAAGAGAAAAUGACUUAUCCAAAUAUUUAUUUUACAGUCGACAAUUUUGAAGAUACAUUUUGUGAGAUGGUUGUGAACGAAGGUCAGAUGGUGUGCGUGGAACUAGUUGCAAAAAAUUCGCGUUUAAACGAACCACGAGUCCUGUUUCUUGGCUCGAUCAAAUACGAAGCUUUGAAGAAAGUUUACGAAACUCGAGCGACAACAAGUACUCGAGUCGCUCAGCGUAUGUCAUUAGGAAUGUACACAAAGCGCCGUGUGGAAUUCGUUCGAAUGCGUGGUCCAAAUGGUAAAGGUCACGCAGAAAUGGCAGUAAGUCGCUGUCGAAUGAUUCAAUCUGGUAUUACAACUCCGGAAUCGAUUCCAACGACACCCAUGUCAAGUAGUUUUGAUGAAGAAAGUUGGAAUAAACGUCGAGCUCUUGAUAGCAUCUCCAUCGGCAGAUGGAUCCCACCUACAUCUCGACAGCAACAAGUCGUCUCGAACAUCACCACACCUGAGGUGGAAUCGACUGAUAUUCAGCAAGAACUAGCUGAUGAUACAAGUGGCUUUUUCGGUCGUACGCUUAGUCAAGCAAUGAGUUGGAUGCGUGGUUCGAGUUCUCGUUUGAAUCAACCUAUGCAAACUUUACCAUUGCAAACAUGUCUCACUUAUUUAACAUUACCAUGUCAAUUUAUUGUGAAAGAUAUACUCGAAUCAAAUCAAAUUCCCAUUCUUACAUUCUAA